GAAUCAUGACCCCAUGCUUUAUAACUGGCAUGACUUUCACAUUCUUUGUCACAAAUUCUAUACACCACUCUAUCCCCCGUUCUCUCUCGCCCGCUUUGGUAAGGCAAGAUAGUUCUGGCCAACAUGGUGCAAUCAAGGAAAUUCAGAGGUGUGAGGCAACGCAAUUGGGGCUCUUGGGUUUCUGAGAUUCGUCACCCAUUAUUGAAAAGGAGGGUGUGGCUUGGGACAUUCGAGACAGCUGAUGAAGCAGCUAGAGCAUAUGAUGAGGCCGCCAUUUUGAUGAGUGGAAGAAAUGCCAAAACAAACUUCCCAGUUGGUGAAAACCAAAUGGGAAAUCAUAGUUCAAGUACUUCAUCUUCCUCCACCACUACAUUGUCUGCAGUUCUGAGUGCAAAACUUAGGAAGUGUUGCAAGUCCCCUUCACCUUCCCUCACUUGCCUGAGGCUUGACACUGAGAAUUCCCACAUUGGUGUGUGGCAGAAGCGAGCAGGCCCUCGUUCUGACUCAAACUGGAUCAUGAUGGUUGAGUUGGAAAAGAAGAACAACAAGGGUCCUUCUUCUGAAUCCGAAUUGCCUGUUGUUGUUGUUGAUGAUGAUGCCCCAGAGAAGGUAAAGCCUGAGGAAAGCACUGGCUUAGAUGAGGAACAGAAAAUGGCCCUACAGAUGAUAGAGGAACUUCUGAAUAGGAAUUGAAUUGAAUUGAAUUGAAUUAGCCCCAUCAUCCCAACAUGCUUUUACUUUCACGUGGUGCAUGCAAGGAGUUUGCAAGUUCAAGUCCCCUUCUCUAGUCCCUUUCACUUCGUUUUAUUUCUUUGUUUGUCCCAAAUAGGAGAUAGGAGAGUGAGAGAGCUACUAUAUUCAUUUCGUGAGGAAUAAGGAUGUUUAGUGUCUGUGGCUCUGAAUGUUUCCCCAUGUGUGCGUAACUCCCUACCUACACUUCUCGCUGUGGUUAAACUUCAUUUCCUCUGUCAAAAAAACUAUUCCUUGCUUUUCGAAUUUUGAGUGUGUUCCACUCCAUGCAUAAAUUUUGUAUCAUCCUAUUAUUAAAUCAA